CUAGAUGGUCCCCAGUUUGGUGUGCCUCCACGUAGAUGCGCCCGACGACGACACACGAGGCAGACGUGCCGUGCUUAGAUCUGGCUUGUCUGGCUUAGACAGCACAUUCACUACUGCCUACGUGCAAAGGCAACGCACGCUACAGCCAUGGAGAGCGGCCUGGACGUUGAAGCGUAUGCGGCGCAGGCCGAGGCACCGAAGCAGGCAGUAGGCGAAGGCGCAGAGACAGACGACGGCAACAAGUUCCAGAAGGCCAUUGGUGCCUGGCGGAACAUCGACCUCACUGCGCUCGUCCCCCAACUCGACACGGUAGCCUCAGACCUCGUUGCACACCAGAGGGACACGCUCACACAGCGCAAAGAGCUCGCGCAGAAGACAAAGGACUUUCGCAAGCUCGACGACGAGAGCAAGCUCAGCGACAUCAAGGCGCUCUUGAAGUCAUACCAGGGCUUCAUUGACCUCAUAUCGAACCAGUCCAAGACCGUCCAAACCGCCUUCUUCCAGCUCUACUCGCCACUCUCCGAAGCCCCCGACCCAUAUCCUCUCCUCGAAGCGUCCGUCGACUCCCUCGUGACCGCCGAAGAGGUUGUUCCCAAGCUCGCAGCCGAAAACGAACGGUUGCAGAAGACCGUCGCAAGCUUGACCUCGCAGCUGGAGGACUCGGAGAAGAAGCUCGACGAGGAGCGCACCGCCCGCAAGACCGUCCAGGACAGCCGCGACAGCAAGAUCAAGGAGAUCGAGGCUUCGUGGUCCGCCGUCCUCGACGAGAAAAAGGACAACUGGGAGUCCAAGGAGAGGAGUCUUGAAGAAAAAAUCGAGAGCCAGGACCGCUUGCUGAAGGAGCUCAAGGCCAACUAUGAGGUCUCCCAACGACUGGCCGGCGGAGAGGAAGCGGCCGGGGGGAGCAGCGAUGCUGCAGCUGCGGAGCUUGACAUUGUCAACUCUGAACUGGAGCGGACGAGCCACCGCCUGGCCGACGUGGAAGCACGCAACGAGCAGCUCCGUCUCGAACUCGCCCAGACUGCCUCUGCACAGGCUCAGCACAUUGCCGUGGAAGACGAUCCCGCGUUCCUCCGUCUGCGAUCUGAGAACUCAUCGCUGUUGCGCAAGCUUGAGAACGCCCGGUUUGAGAAGGACUCGGAACGCACACGCCUCGAGACCGGCUCUCGCAACCUCGAACGGGAGAUCAAGUCGCUCAAGAGCGAAAAGGACGCUUUGCGCGAAAAGGUGCAGAAGUGGAGUGACUACGACAACGUAAAGCAAGAGCUGGACGUGCUGAAGUCGAUCGAGUUCGCAACGGGCGACGACGACGACGAGGCAACCGAGAUUGCUCUCUCACAAAACGGCCACGCUGCCAAAGGAAAGGGUGAAACACUGGAGCAGCUGUUGCUCGCUCGCAACAAGAAGAUCAGCAACGAGCUGACAGUCUUGCGCGUGUCGCACAACGACCUGCAGAGCAGAUUGGAAGCACUCGAGGAAGAACUCUCGCAAACGAACAUGGAGCUAGAGAAAGCACGAGCGCUCAAUGAGACGCUGGAGGCUGAUCUCGAAAAUGUACAGCAGGAGGCGUCGAAUACCUUUGACCCCUCGGCCAGGUCGGUGGCAGGGACCUAUGUGUCUCGAUACCCGCAAUCGUCCUUUGCAGGCACAAGACGAGGGAGGGCAACAUCGCCCACAUCAUCCAUCAUCUCCGGUUUCGACAACUCCUCUCAAAACACGCUCGCCUCGUUGCGCGCUGGGGAGCAGGUGGGCGGAGGGUCAGGCAUCCUACCCAUGGUCACAGCCCAACGAGACCGCUUCAAGAAGCGCAACUCCGAACUCGAAGCCGAGCUGCAAAAGUCACACACAACGAUUUCGGCAUUGCGGUCUGAAAUCGGCUCGCUCCAGAAAGACAAUCUCGACCUGUACGAGAAGACGCGGUACGUGUCGUCCUACAACGCACACAGCAGAGGCCCCACAACCUCUGCGUCGUCCUACGGCGCAAACCCGAACCCCUCGACUGUCCAGAUGGCCGACAACGCGACGGACCGCUAUCGCUCUGCGUACGAGUCCAAUCUGUCGCCGUUUGCUGCGUUCAGAGGCCGGGAGUCGGCGCGCGCAAUGAAGCGCAUGCACAUCUUCGAGCGGCUAGUACUGCGCGUAACCAAAUUCGUGCUGGCCACGAGAACAAGUCGCAACCUGUUCGCGGCGUAUCUGAUGGGCAUGCAUUUCAUGGUGUUCUGGAUGCUGUUCUCGACGGCUGGAGCUCAUACAGGGGCCGCCGUGGGCGCUGUUGCUGGUUCGGCAGCUGCGCCUGUUGACGUCGGAUCUGCUGACAUUUGGCACAAGGACACAGUUGGUGACGGCACAUCUUAGGUCUUGUGCACAUCUUAGGUCGUGUGCACAUCUUAGGUCGUGUGCACAUCUCAGGUCUUGUGCACAUCUUAGGUCUUGUGUACAUCUUAGGUCUUGUGUACAUCUUAGGUCUUGUGUACAUCUUAGGUUUUGUAGCGACUAUGUAUUUCUGCAGCGUUGAGCUCCGGGUUGGAAGCGUUCGGCAUCAGUAAGCGAGCAUUAAUGAACACACGUCGAGCAUCAAUGAAAGCGUCUUCGUGCC